AAGAUUGUCCUUGUCAUCGUUGGUCAAGAGCAUUCGAAUCUGUCUAUCCAUAAACUAUUGCUUCUUUUUCUGAUCUCUGUGAUCCUAAUUCUCCGUCUCAAAGUUGAAUCUCGACUCCAGGGGUUUUUGAGUUUUAUAGCACUCACUCACCCACUCACGACUCACUCAACGUCAAACCUCCAGGAUCCACUUGUCGGUCACUCAGUCUUCUGAUCUGACAUGACUUGAUUAUACUUGGACCUCUUUAAAACGAUCCUUAAGGUGACCAAUCUUGGUAUGAAGAUCCCGUUCUUCUCUUGCCCCUCUAAAACAAAAACCACGAAAUCAAUUGCAUCAAAGACCAAGAUCUUGUCGAGCUGUGUUUAAGCGCAGAGUCCAAAGAGGAAGAGGUCCAGCCUGACAUUGCCGCCGCAAAUCUCAACGCAUCUGGCAAUAAGCUAUUUAGCCAGAGUUCACGACGGCAGCUAGACACCUCAAACGACCAGGGUACUGUAAGUGUAUGCCUUCACUUUGUCUCAUCUCCUGGACCGUCUUUCAUCUCCCCAAAUCCCUUCACUUUCCCUGUCAAGUGUCAACCCAUUUCUUACACCCUGACCCUCCUCAUAUAUACACCAAGACGUAUUCUCACAACCCUCUACUCCAAAAAAAACCCUGUGUCCAUCACUACCUAUAAUGCAAAGGUGUCAGAUGCCUCGUCAAUCACUCAGCGGUCCCCGCUCCCCGAGAAAUUUGCCCCCUAAUACCAAUACGCGUUGAUCUUGGUCUGUUUUGAUGCCUCUGCAACCCGCCUGCAGCCGUCAUCAGACUCGAACCCCUGUUUACCUACCUCUUACAUCUAGCUCUUCCCCAUAAACUGAUUUGAGUUCUGCCUGCAGGAGGGCAAGCUGACCAGGUUUAUCAGUGAAGCUGUCCCCGUCUUUCCUCUCCAAGAGAGGGGAAUAGCUCACAACAUCCUCCGAUCCUAUCCUAGCUACGGAUACUCGAACCCACAAUACCCUUACUGCCGCCAGACCCUCCGCAGCGUCUGCGGUUGAGCGCGAGCACUGGCAACAUGUUGUCUAAUCCACUUCAACGUUUUUCACCUUACCAGAACAUCACCUCCUCCAACAUCCCACCGGAUGGAAACGUCCAGCAAGGCACGAUGUCAGGUACAGGACUGGAAUCACUCGGCCAAAGCCAUCAAUAUCCGAUUCAACCACUCUCGCAAGCCGUCCCCCUCUCAAGCGCUCAUCUGGGGAGGUCAGGUCCCCAAGUAAAGAAUCGACAGCAUCCUUAUGGAAUUCACCCGCGCAACGCCAGCACCUCAGGGCCCAUCAGGAGAAGAAUCAGUCGAGCUUGCGAUCAGUGCAAUCAACUACGCACGAAAUGCGACGGCCAACACCCCUGUGCACACUGCAUUGGUAGGUACUGAGGUCAAACAUUAACGGAGUGUUUCUGACUUCUGUAGAAUUCGGCCUGGGGUGUGAGUACAUCCGCGAAAGGAAGAAGAGAGGAAAGGCGUCGAGAAAGGAACUGGCCCAGCAAGCUGCUGCCCAGGCGGCGGCGGCUGCCAACGGCCAGACUCUUGAUGAAUCUACAUCUGAGAAUGGCCAAUCCGGCAACAAGGGACUCGACUCGUCGAAUAUGGUACUAGAGCAGCAAUCUAAUGAACGACACCCGAGCACAAGCAGCAAAUCGAGCAGAGAUCCGGGCGACGAUGUGAUGCGACAUACUCAAGGUCUGGAAGGCCUCGACCCCCUUGGCAACAUAAGCGAGCAACCACACAUGGGUCGUUCCUCUCUGGAUGGCGAACAUAUUGAAAAUAACGGCGGUCUGGAUCUCAAUGGCUUCGGAAGUAUGGCUCACGGCUAUGAGACGCAGGGUCUUGAAGGUCCUGUGCUCAAUGGUCAGUCAUAUGCGGCCAACGGGCGAGGCAACAUGCCUGGCUAUGCCGAAUUCCCAUAUUCGAUGCAAGCCCAGAGUCCUCCUAACUUUACCAACAACCCCACAUUCAGGAUGGGAAAUAGCCCUCUUGGGUACUCAAUGGGGAAGGGAACUUCACCUGGAUGGGGUAUCUCAAUGGCUUCACCGCCAGGCCAGUACCAAUCCCAGGUCCCAGCUCCAGCUUUCAACAACUCCAAGUUGCGGUAUCCUGUUCUUGAGCCAUUGGUGCCAUAUCUCAACAACCUUAUCCCUAUCCCGCUGGCUUGCGAUUUAAUCGACUUAUACUUUGCGUCCUCUUCAUCGGCCCAGAUGCACCCGAUGUCACCCUAUGUCUUGGGGUUCGUAUUCCGAAAACGAUAUUUCCUGGAUCAGACGAGGCCGAGACCAUGUCAACCAGCCCUCUUGGCAAGCAUGCUUUGGGUUGCUGCACAGACUAGUGACGCUCCUUUCCUCGCCAGCACACCAUCAGCUCGAGCCAAGACAUGUCAGAAGCUCCUAGAACUUACAGUGUAUCUCCUUCGACCGCUCAUUCAUACAGCACCAAGCGAUGCGCCCAGCCCCGUUGCUGAUGGUGUUGCUCUUGGCGGGUUGGGUGUGGCUAUGCCCGGCUCAAUUAGCCUCGAUGCUACAAGUGGCGAGUCGGGGCCAUUUGGUGCCGCAGGUAGUCUUGACGACGUAAUCACUUACAUUCAUUUGGCGGUCGUCGUCUCUGCGAGCGAAUACAAAGGUGCCAGUAUGAGAUGGUGGACCGCUGCUUGGGGUCUUGCUCGUGAGCUGAAGCUGGGUCGCGAGCUUCCCCCUGGACCUUCACCUGCGACUCAAGAGAACAUGGACACUGACACCGCAGAUGAUGGAGAAGGCGGUAUUAGUGGUAACGGAUAUGUAGGCGAGGAAGAACGUGAGGAACGACGCCGAAUAUGGUGGCUCCUUUACAUCGUCGACAGACAUUUGGCAUUGUGUUACAAUCGCCCCCUAUUUUUGCUUGAUAUCGAGUGCCAGGGUUUGCUGCAACCCAUGGACGACGCCCGAUGGCAGAGCGGCGACUUCAGCGGCCACUCAAAUUCAACCACAGAUCCCAAUCUACUGGGAACGAGUCCAGAAGGGUAUGGCGCCGAAAUGACACAAGCUCAUGGUCCUCAAUACGAGUGCCGAGGCCACAGCAUAUUUGGAUAUUUCCUCCCUCUCAUGACGAUCCUGGGUGAAAUUGUCGACUUGCACCACGCAAAGAAUCACCCGCGCUUCGGAACCGGCUUUCGUCAAGGGCACGAGUGGAAUGCCCAAACCGCAGAAAUUACUCGACAUCUGGAAAUUUAUGAGCAGAGCUUGCAGGCUUUCGAGCACAAGAACCUGCCCCGACCGGCGGAGGAAAGAGUCGAUGCUCAGAACGAGGGCAACGAGCGCUCAGGGGUUCCUGAUGCCAACACGCCAUCAGUACACUCAGUACACACUAACGGAUCGAAUCGUCUCACCGAGAGCAAUAUACAGACUCGAAUCGUUAUUGCAUACGGAACUCACGUUAUGCACGUCUUGCAUAUUCUAUUGGCCGGAAAAUGGGAUCCCAUCAACUUGCUGGAUGAUGAGGAUCUGUGGAUCUCAUCGCAGGGAUUCAUCACAUCGACGAGCCAUGCUGUUGCUGCGGCUGAAGCGAUCAACCAGAUUCUUGAAUUCGACCCUGGACUGGAAUUCAUGCCGUUCUUCUUCGGUAUAUAUCUUCUUCAGGGGUCGUUCUUGCUGCUGCUUAUUGCGGACAAGCUGCAGUCGGAGGCAUCGCCAAGUGUUGCAAAAGCAUGCGAGACAAUCGUGCGGGCUCACGAAGCAUGUGUAGUCACUCUAAGCACAGAAUAUCAGCGAAAAUUCAGCAAAGUUAUGCGUAGCGCUCUUGCUCAGGUUCGAGGUCGUGUACCUGAGGAUCUGGGAGAGCAGCAACAACGGCGAAGGGAGCUUUUGGCAGUUUAUCGAUGGACAAAGGACGGAACAGGAUUGGCCUUGUGAGCAGGGCUCUGGGUCAAGAUAACGGCAAGCAAGCCAUCGGGAUUGGAAAAAAGGGGGCAACAUAUUCGCGGCGGCGUAUUGGGACACUCUCUUUCGGGUAGAUAACGGCCUUGAUGGACUCAAGACAUGACUUGAGUAUUGGAGCGGCACGGUGCUUUUAGAUACCAUGAAGCGGACAGCGAUGUGUUGUCGAAAAGCCAAAUCUUUUGGCAUGUGGGAAUUCAAUUUCUAUUAAUCUUUU